GGCGCGGGGCGGGGCGCGGGGGCGGGGCGCAAAGAUGGCGUCCUCGCGGCGAGGCAGAGCUUCCUCCACGGUGGUAUCCCGCUGCUGCAUCCCUGUGGCCCUCCGCCAGUCCAAGACCCAGGCCUCCCAGGCACCUGAAGUCGGCUCUUGGCUCCCGCUUUUUACUGCUUUAAGCCCCCAGCCCCCAGCCCCAGCUUCCCUAUAAGUUUUGAGUAGUCAUUCCACCUGAGUGGGAAGGGCGUCCACUAACAGGUGGAGAGAGUUGAUAUAACCUCCUGCACUGGUGCCUCCUGCUCAGCCCCACGCCGAGGGGUGGCUGCCUGACUCCCUCCGGGCCCCGGGGGGGGGCAGGAACACGAAAACCCCUCACUUGGAAAACGUACAGACUUGUUUUAGCAUAAACAAAUACGAAGUGUUCAGAGCUCAGGAAAGUUGCAAGUGGGUAUUUAACUGCCCCCCAAAAGAGAGAAAGACAUUUUCUUUGAAGAAAGUGAAAAAGGUCACUUUUUGCUCUCUGUUAUAACUGGGACCUAGGUCAGGGUGAUGCCACCUGAGGAAGCCCGGGGUGCCGAGGCUGUCCUGCCUGCAGUCACCAAGGAUGUGCCCGGUCCUCUUGCUCCAGGCUAGGACGUCCCCUGGGGGGAAGCCCCAGCCCCACCCCGGAGCCCACAGGAGCCCUGCCAGGUGUGGUGACACCAGGAGGGGUGUCAAAGGAAGCCAGGCAGGGGGCCGUCGGCCGGGUCUCCGUGGCCACCCGCAGGUGCCUGGGCUGGACCCACGUGUUUGCAGGGCCUCUGGUCAGGUGGCGGAGCAGCCCCUCCCGUCCGUCCUCCCUCCCCAGGUGGGUGCCCUCGGGCAGGGCCAUGUGCUGGGCCUGAGAGUCCUUAACCGCUGGCCAGCUCUCGUCGCUCCCUCUUCAGAUGCUGCUCUAUCUCAGUGGGACGUACUAUGCCCUUUAUUUCCUAGCUACGCUCCUGCUGGCCGUGUAUAAAAGUCAGGUUUUCACUUAUCCUCACAGUUACCUGGUCCUCGACCUGACUCUGCUCUUUCUGAUGGGGAUUCUGGAAGCAAUUCGGUUAUACCUCGGCACCAAGGGCAACCUGAUGGAAGCCGAGGUACCGCUGGCCGCCAGCCUGGUCCUCACGGUGGGCGGUGCCCUGCUGUCCGUCUACUUCCUGCUCUGGCAGACCCUGGUGCUGUGGGCCGACUCGGCCCUCAGCGCCGUGCUCCUGGCGCUCCACGGCCUGGAGGCCGUCCUGCAAGCGGUGGCCAUCGCCGCCUUCGACAGCUAGGUGGGCGGUGCCCGGCCCGCGGGACAGCCCUGGGCAGGAGACCCUCCUCAGAGCCAGACUGUGCCCCAGCCGUCACCUCCAUCGCCGCCUUCGACAGCUAGGUGGGUGCCCGGCCCGCGGGACAGCCCUGGGCAGGAGACCCUCCUCAGAGCCAGACUGUGCCCCAGCCGUCACCUCCAUCGCCGCCUUCGACAGCUAGGUGGGCGGUGCCCGGCCCGCAGGACAGCCCUGGGCAGGAGACCCUCCUCAGAGCCAGACUGUGCCCCAGCCGUCACCUCCAUCGCCGCCUUCUACAGCUAGGUGGGCGGUGCCCGGCCCGCGGGACAGCCCUGGGCAGGAGACCCUCCUCAGAGCCAGACUGUGCCCCAGCCGUCACCUCCAUCGCCGCCUUCUACAGCUAGGUGGGUGCCCGGCCCGCGGGACAGCCCUGGGCAGGAGACCCUCCUCAGAGCCAGACUGUGCCCCAGCCGUCACCUCCCCCGCUGGCGGUUGCUGAGCGGGAAGGACAUCUUCGUGCUGACCUGCCUCGGUGUUUGUUAGAGGGUCAGAUGGUGUGGAGGGUCUAUGAGGCGGAGGUGGGGUCGGGAGCCAGGGCAGAACAAGGCGCUGGGCAGGGGCGGGGUGCGGCGGAAGCAGGGGUGGGGCUGUCCUGGCCGGUCUGCGGGGAAUCGCGGGGGCGUCUCUGGCUGGCGGGGAUCUGGCUUCAGCAGCCGCCGACAUCCGGGGUGCAGAGGGGGACGAGGCCUUCGGAAAGCAGGCAGCCGGGCCAGUGCCCUCGCGGUGUCCGUGGCAUCUCCCUCUCAGGCCGGGAUCGGCCGUCUCUGCUCUCCCUGCAGCUUCGGGGUGGCACAGGGACCAGGGGUCCUGCUCUGCGGGCCGAGCCCCGGGCAGGCGGUGCACUCUGCCGCGCACAGGAGGCGCCUGCCGAGGGCCAGGCAGCUCGGGGCGGGGGGAUUUCCCCUCAGCCGUGACACCUUUCCCUGGGGGAUUCUGGAGAAAGGCGAAAGUGACCUGGAAGCCCCAGCGCAGAGCCGGGGAGGAGAGCUGGAGAGUCCCCAGUAGGGGACCCCAGCCCCUCUGCAAGUGCUCCUGGAAGGAGUCUGCGCCGAUGUUUUCUAGUGACUUCCCUUGGUCUCAGUUUCACAUUUUCUACGUCUGGAGUAGUGUUGUGUUUGAGCAUCUGGAUAUUCUCUCUUCACGGUAUUUUUAAAUAAAGAAGCUUCUCUACCUCUC